UUCUCGCACGUGGUAGUUCCAUUUCCGUCAAGUGCUGUGUUUUCCUUCAAGUUUUUCGAGUUUACGUGUAAAGUUUUUUUCAUAUUUAAGAUGGGGAAAGCAAAGAAAAUCAAAGUUUCGAAAGGACAAAGAUGUCAACUGGGUUUGGCUGAUGAAAUUGAACAAGACAAAACAGCGAAAAUGAAAAACAGAAAGAAAGUCAGGAUUCGGACUGACGGAGAUGAAGAGUACGUAGAUGCAGCCCUAUCGCAAAAAAUCCUCUCGCAAGCGAGGCGACAACAACUGGAAAUCGAAGAAGAGCUCUGUCCCGGUAAAAACUCUGAAAAUACGAAAAAACGAAUCACAAAGCUGGGAGAAACUCUCAGUGAUUCCGAUCUCGAAUUCAGCGAUGAUGAGAUCCAAGAGAAGGGUUACUACGAAGACAUUCAAAUUAACAAAGAGGACGAAAAAGCUCUUGAGAUGUUUAUGGCUAGAGAUCGAGCCCCAGCGAGGACUCUCGCCGACAUAAUAAUGGAAAAACUCACAGAAAAGAAGACUGAAAUAGACACACAAUUCUCUGAUGUAGGCUCCCUUCAAUUACAAGAUCUGGAUCCUAGAGAAAAGGCCAUUUAUGAGCAAAUACGAGACAUUCUGCCAAAAUAUCGUCGAGGGCAUCUUCCUCAUGCAUUUAAAAGCAUAGCCAACAAGCGAAACUGGGAACAGAUUCUGUACAUCCUGGAUCCACCGAAAUGGUCUGCUGCAGCAAUGUUCGAAGCUACGAAAAUCUUUGCUUCGAAUCUUAAGGACAGAAUGGCUCAGAGGUUCUAUAAUCUAAUUUUAUUGCCCCGUAUCAGGGACGAUUUGGCAGAAUUCAAAAGAUUAAAUCCUCACUUGUAUAAUGCGGUGAAGAAAGCACUGUAUAAGCCUGGAGCGUUCAUGAAGGGAUUUUUACUGCCCUUGUUGGAAUCUGGAACCUGUACUCUCAGAGAAGCUGUUAUUGUGGGUUCGGUUAUCGGGAGAUGUUCGAUACCGAUACUCCAUUCAUCGGCGGCUCUUUUAAAAAUAGCGGAAAUGGAUUACACGGGAGCCAACAGUAUCUUUUUGAGAAUAAUUAUCGAUAAAAAGUACGCUCUUCCGUAUCGUGUUGUCGAUGGGGUCGUUUUCCACUUUCUCAGAUUCAGGAACGAUCGACGUGAAUUACCGGUUCUGUGGCACCAGGCAUUUUUGUCGUUUGUUCAGCGUUACAAAAGUGACAUUAGUUCGGAACAAAAAGAAUCGUUGUUGGAAUUAUUGAAGCACCAAUCUCACCACACGAUUACAGCUGAGAUAAGAAGGGAAUUGCAACACGCAAAAUGUAGAGAUUCAGAAGUGUCCGAAUCCAAGCCUGAACCUAUGGCAGAAUGAUUUUGUAAUUAAUGAAAUUAAAUUUAAAAAAUAAAAGG